GGUUAGUCGCAUUUGGUGCGUCUCGCACGAAUUCCUUUCCCCGUCUUGGUGGUUGGUGGGCGAAGAGCAAGGUGAGCUGCGAGAACAGCACCGGCGCCGGGGCUGCUUCCUGUUUCGGCUGUCGAUGCUCAUGCCGAACCUCGGAGUGACGACGGAGGCGGGGUUGGACUCUGGAACGAUCUCAGCGACAACGGGUCCAGAGGCGUGCGAGCCGCCGUUCGUUUUGGGCGAGGGCAGUGACGCUUCUCGCCGGAUUCGGGCGUCGAAGCGCCCUCGCCGGACAUUCGUCUGUUGGAUCAAGUGGUGGACUUGGCUGAUGUCCAGUCGUCCAGUGCUUCCUGCAAGAGCUUCAGUGCUGGUGGCGGAGAUGUGGCAUCCGCAAACCCUGGGUGCGCGACUCAUGCCGUCGUCUUGCACACAUCCGCCGAGUCCAACCGCCGCAGUGCCGCGUCGGAUUCCUGCACGGCAUUCAGUUCUGGGGGCGUGUACCUGCCGUCGGCGCGAGACUGCGACAAUACGCCGAGGCGUACGAAUUCUACAAUCUCUAUUCCUGGGUUGACAAAUGCAAGCUUCACAACAACACUUUCCUCAUACAAAUUUUCGAGGUUCGUCACAAGUGGGCGAAGCCUUAUUUUAGUGGCAAGUUAUGUGCGAAGCAAACCAGUACGCAAAGAAGCGAGAUUGCAAACCAUUUGUUGAAAGGCUACAUCCCGCCUGCAUGCCCCAUGAACCUUUUUGUGAAGCAAUAUAGCAAAUUGCAGUUCGACUGAAGCUGAAGAAGGAUUCCAAGAGAAGAGAACGAGGCUGGGCGGGGUAGUUCUCCGAUACAAUUACCCUUUGGAGGAGCAUGCAAGUAAAGUCUAUACCCGGACAAUGUACGAGAUGUUUGGCCAGGCUUUGUAUCGCUCUGGUAGGUAUGAUGUUGAGGAAGUUGAGCGGGGCAUCACCUACCACGUGCGACAUGUUGAAGCUGAGAAGCGAGAGAAGUGGUGCCGUGAAAUGCAUGUGGUCAGUGUCCAUGAUGGCUGUGCUAGGUACACAUGCGAAUGUGGGCUCUUCGAGCACAUGGGGAUGCUUUGUUGCCAUGCUAUCAAGGUUUUAAUUCAUUUGGGAGUGAGAAAAAUACCCAGAUUCCAUGUCAUGAAAAGGUGGACAGUAGAUGCCCGCGACAAUUCGCCACUUCACCUUCUCCAUUACCAAAAGGAUCAAGGGCCUCCGCGGUUAUCCUCCUACAGGCAUACAGCACUACACCUGACCGUGCUCGAGUUUGUCCAGCUUGGUGAUAGCAAUGUCGAUGCCUUUGAUAGAGCAAUGGACAUCUUGAUUGCAGGCAAGGCAGAGCUGACUGUUUUGGCGGCGGUCAAGGAUGGCAAAAGUUUGGUGGACCAAACUCAAAUUGGGGAAUCAGCCAAUCCCACUCAGAGGAUGGGCACAAGUUCUUCGCACCCAGACGACAUGUGUUCUCAGAUGUUCAUCUCCACCGAGUGUGGGCUUAGUUCAGUUUCUGGUGAAGCUGGCUCCAGUAUGUCACUGUCGACGUUGCUGCCGUCUGAUAGGAAGAAGCAGAAGGGUAGGCCAACCACAGCGAGGGACAAACCUGGAUAUGAGGUCAAGGACGCGCGAUCGAGGUUUUGUACGGUUUGUAGGGAGAAAGGGCACCCCGCAGGGGUGAUCUUCCGAAGAAACCUCGCAAAAUCCCUACCUGCGGCAAUUGCGGUGUAGCUGGGCACAAAAAAACCAGUUGUUUCAACCCGGUCUUGCCGUUUGUGAAGCGGCCUCGCGACGGGCCAGUAGAGUGAUGUUCGGUUCAGCGCUUGAAGCAGGUACUCCCUCCGUUCGGAAUUACUUGUCGCGAAAAUGGAUGUAUCUAGAACUAAAAUACGUCUAGAUACAUCCAUUUCUGCGACAAGUAAUUCCAAACGGAGGGAGUAGUUGAAUCCAAAAAUCCAAUCCAGAGUAGUUCGAUUUCCUGCAUUUAUGCUUAAUUUGGGACUGUGAUCUGUUUUUCCAAUAAGCUUUGUGCCUUGCUGGAUGGCAGUUUAAUUUGAAUUCAUGCUAUUACUCUUA